GCGGGGGUCGCCGUCACGUGGAGGCGGCGGGGCCCCAUGGUGAACCUGGGCCUGUCUCGAGUGGAGGAGGCGGUGGCCGCCAGGCACCCGGGCCUGCAGGAGUACGCGGCGUGCCAGUCUCACGCGUUCCUCAAGGGCAUCGGCGCCUUUAUCACAGGGUUCGGCGCCGCCUUCGCCCUCCAGAAGCUACUCAACAGGAAGCUGCCGUACCCCAUGCAGUGGACCGUCCUCCUGGCUGUGGUUGCAGGCUCCGCCGGCAGCUACGCGGUGACCCGGGCGGAGACGCGGAAAUGCUCCGACCUCUGGCUCUUCCUGGAGACGGGCCGGCUCCCCCAAGACGGGGCGGCAGAGCCGAGCAUCCGGCUGGACUCCCCCGAGAGCAGGGAGCCGGCCCCGCAGAGGAACCGGUAUGGAGAUGUGCUGGAAUAGGCGAACGAGGAUCCUGGCGGGACCUCCGAUGGUCCCGGAGCCGGCGGCCCUCCCCGGGCGGGGAGCGGGGGUCGGGCCGGUGGGAUCCGGCAGGCUUCCCCUCUGCGUCCUUCCCUCUGACGGCCCUCCGUGGUGGCGGAGAGAAGGCCCCCUGGCCUAUCCCCGGAGGGGUUGGUGAUUAAAUCUGUGUCCCGAAGGA